UUCGAAAGUGGCUUUUCUGCCGUCCGCGGCCGGAGUGAAGUGUUCGUCGGGGUUUCCUGGGAAUGAAGGGCGGAGAGGCAGGGGGACUUGAGCGACGUGGGGACGAAGGGACGGGGGAAUGUGCUCGGCGGUAUAAAGAGUUGAAUAACCACUGAUUAUUUUCUGGACCUGACUGGUUUAUAACUUAAGAAGAAACAAUGGAAAGCCAAGAAUUUAUUGUCCUAUAUACUCAUCAAAAGACGAAGAAGUCAAAAGUGUGGCAAGAUGGAAUUCUGAAGAUCACUCACUUAGGAAACAAAGCAGUUUUAUGUGAUGACAAAGGAACAUGUUUGGAGAGUGUAUUUCUUAAGUGCCUUGAGGUGAAACCUGGAGAUAACUUAGAAGGUGAUCGGUACUUAAUCACAGUCGAGGAGGUUAAAGUUGCUGGCAGCACAGCUAUUAAACAGGAUGUCGUUAAAGAAACACCUGAAUUAAACUCAAGGAGGUUUAUAUCCUCUGGCCGGUCUCUUGGAUGUCAGCCCGCUGGUUUAAAAAGGAAGUUUACUGGUUUCCAAGGACCACGUCAGGUUCCAAAGAAAAUGGUUAUUACAGAAAAUGGUGAAUCACCUACAUCACUGGAGGCUCAGAAACCUGGCCCUACUUUUUUUUCUCCAUUCUACAGCACACCUCCUUUGUUUUCUACUGUUGGCAAGAAAAAUAUAAAUCCUACAUCAACAGACCCUGAGAACAUUGUGACUUACAAGAACAGAGAGAGAAAUGGCAUGCCUUUUUCUUCAGUUCUUUCUGAUCCGUCCUUCAAGAUUAACCCAGAAAUGCUAUGUGAAGAAACUUAUUUUUGCUCUGCUAUCAGUUCUGGAAGGAAGCAGUCAGACUCUUUACUGACCAGUGAGCCUAAGAAAAGAGAUAAUUUGUCAUCUCACUGUUCAGGAGUUUCACAAAACAUCAGAAGCAAAGCACAGAUACUAGCUCUUCUGAAGUCUAAAUCCACUAGCACAUGUGAGAAACUAAAUUCUGAGAAUACAGAACACUUUCUUCCAAUACAACAAGAAACAUUGAAAAUUGCUACUAAACCAAUUCAACAGGAAUUAAUUCCACAGGAAGAAUGGGCUGAGAUGAAGAGCACAGGGAAUUUACACUACCGGCAUCCAUCAGAAAAUACCGUGAGAAGUAAAAGCCGGUGGGCCAUGUAUUUAUCCUCACAGAGUUCAGCUCUACAUUCUGCCGCAGGUGGAAAUGAUAUGGAAGGGAAACCCACGCCUCAGGAAGAUGAUAUAAAUUUGAAUUUGAAAGAACUUUCGGUGCAAACAAGGACACAGUUCUUUGAAACAUGUACCAAAAAGGGGAAAAACUAUAAUGCAGAUAAGCCAGUCGGUAACAAUGAUCAAUCCUGGAAUCAGGAAAUAAAAUUAGAAAUUCCUUCGUUCUGUGAAGGUGAUAGCUUGCAGGUUACCUGUAGCUGUCCAGACAGCGAUGGUGUAUUAUCAUCUGACAUUCAAGAAAAUAUUAAAAUACCUUUUAAUCAAAUUGGCACAAAAGGAUCCAUUCUCACUGGAGAAAAUGUUCAGGAGGCAAAUCCACGUGGAAUAUCAGAAAAAGAGUGCAAACAACCAGUAUCAUCUCUGCGAGAAUCGGAACAUCUACAAAUUGAAUCUUCACUAAGUAACAAUUCUAGGAUUCCUGAUGACGUUACAGACGUGUUUUCUAAAAGUAAUGCUGAUAAUGAAACUCUUAAUAGUAUUCAUGAAUCUGUAAGUGAUGUAACAGAACCGUUUUUGGAGGUAACUUUUAAUCUGAGCAAUUUUGAGACCAGUGACACGGAGGAGGAAUCAGAGAAAAACAAUAAAAUUUCCCACAAUUCAGACAGUUUGGUAAAAGAACUUUUGGUUAACAAUGGCAAUUCAUGUGUUGAAAAGAGAUGUGUGAGUAUAAGCUGUCAAGGAAUCGGCAGUGAACAUUUGCCACUCUUAACGUCUGUUGGUGGCAAACCUGCAGAGACAUUUCCUGUUGAAGAGACUUUGCCAUUACCCUUUUGUGAUAAAACUUGUGUAGGUUUUGAUACAGGACCUAUUAAAGCUGGGAACACUGGAAAAGAAAUAGACGAGCACAGUGACACAUUAAGCAAUUUUGAUUCAUCUUUAGAGUGGACCGACGAUGUAUGCAUAGAUAAUAGAGAAGAUUCUAAUAAAUGUAUCCAGAAAGUCACAAUUAACUCUGAUUUUGCCUUACUCCCGAAUAAAUGUAAAGAUACCAGCCCAAAUUUACAUAUUCCUCAUGUUUUAAACAUGGCCACUGAUCAGACUCCUGAAAACAAUAACCCAUUUUCAGAAGAUGCUCAAUCUCAGCCUUUCAUUACGGGAAGUGACUUAGACCAAAAUGAUGAACAGAUUUUACCAUCACCCUCUAGCAGUGACAACAGCAUCCAGCUAUUAAGUACCAAUCAGAAUGACUCUGGAUGUAUCACCCUUGAUAAAUCAAACAUGCAAAUUUCCAGUUCUUUGUUUUACCCUCUGGGAGAAAAGGAUCCUGUUUCCACAGAAGCACAUACACCUGAAUCUGAAGAUUUGGGAGGGAUUAGAAGUUUACGCCAUGACCAUAUUGAAGUUGAAACUGCCAGAGAAAGCAAACAAUGCUGGAAUGAUCCUAGAAAUUCUUCAGAACGUUCUGGACUAGUAAAUAACCUUUCCCUUUUAAAGUCCCUGUCUGAACACAGAACAGCUUUAGACAGCUUGGAAAUGUUGAAAAAGGAAAAUAUUAUCUUUCAACAACAAGGAACUCAACCGAUAUAUAAGGCAGAUAGCAGUUCUGAAGCUAGGAAACCAUUUACUACAGAAAUUUCACAAGCUAUACCAAAGUCUUUUCAUCCGAACCAGGAUUCUCAACAGAUACUAAAAGAAAAUGAAGUUGAACCAAGUGAACCACCCAGGUCUCUGCAGUUCUUUUCCUCAGGAAGUGAAGAAGAGACUGCUUUUCUAGCUGAUAUUUCUAAACAAAUAGAGAGAAAAACCUGUGACCCUAAGCCUGUUGAGUUUCAAGGGCACCAGGUGAGAGGGUCAGCCACUAGCGGUGUGAUGGUCAGGGGUCACAGCGCACAGCUAAAAGGCAGGCAGUUUCCCGACGGCACUGCGUAUGAGAACUUCGUGACAGACACUUGUUCCUUCACACCAAAGCUGCCUAGCACAUGUCUGCAGGUUGACUUCUUGCAGUUGACACCACCAGAACAAAGGAUCUCUGCGUUGAGCCCUGUUUCUACGUUUCCUUUGAACUCAAGAAAUGAAGAUUUCUUACUAGAAUUCUCUGAGAAGUCCCUGAAAGCAAGAACGUCACCUGAUGAUCUUCACUUUCUCAACUUGGAGGGAAUGAAAAAAUCCAGUUCGCUGGAGAAUGGGAACCUUCAAAGGCUUUCAUUAGUAAGUAGAAGCCAAGUUCCACUUCCUGCUUUGCCACCUACUCCUGGGCUGCCUGACUUAGAUUCUUGUGCACGUGUGUUCCACUGUCACACGCAAGAGUCUUCUGCUUCCCCCACGUUCAACUUGUGGGAAGAGUCCGCAGUUCCGUUUUUCAGCUUUGGGCCUGAGGACCAAAGUGAAACUUCUUUCUCUGAAGAAUUGGGGGAAGUGACUCGAGGGGAUGUGUCACUUCUCGGUAAUGUAUCUACUCAAAGCAAGUGGCUGAAAUAUCAAAACACAUCCCAGUGCAAGUUGACUGCUCCAGACAGAGCUGAUAAGGAAGUAACUGAUGGCUUCUUUGCUGAGGCUGGUUCUGCACUGCGUUUUAGCAGCACAGGUGAAAGGCGGACUGAUGCUGUCCGUGAAAGCCCUCUGGACUCUGUGCAAAUGCAGAUGAUAAAAGGCAUGCUUUACCAGCAGCAGCAGGAUUAUAGCAGUCAAGAUUUGGUUUCCAGGAAGAGAGCACUUUCUCUGAAUUUAAAGCAGACUUCCAAGAAUGAAGAAAUGCAAAAUGUGUUAGGAGGGCCUGCUUGCUGCACCUACAGUGUAAAGGAUUUACAGGAGAUAAAUUGCUCUGAGCUGUGCUUCCCAAGUGGGGAAAAAAUAAAAUCUGCUUAUCUUCCCCAAAGGCAAAUUCACAUACCAGCUGUUUUUCACUCUCCUGCUCAUUAUAAGCAGAUUUUUACAUCUUGUCUCAUAGAACAUCUAAAUAUAUUGCUGUUUGGAUUGGCACAAAGGUUGCACAAAGCUCUUUCUAGAGUUGACAUGUCAUUUUAUACAUCACUGAAAGGAGAGAAACUGAAAAAUACGGAAAAAAAUGUACCAUCCUGCCAUCAUAAUCAGCCUGCAAAACUUGUCAUGGUUAAAAAGGAAGGUCCAAACAAGGGUCGUCUCUUUUAUACAUGUGAUGGACCCAAAGCUGAUCAAUGUAAAUUUUUUAAAUGGCUUGAGGAAGCAACUCCAGGAUAUUUAACACAAGAAGAAUGUCUCCCUAGCAUGGUUUUAAGUGAUAUUAAGAGUAUUGGCUUGUACUUAAGAAGUCAAAAGAUACCACUCUAUGAGGAAUGCCAGCUUUUGGUGAGAAAAGGAUUCGAUUUUCAGAGAAGACAGUAUGGCAAACUAAAGAAGUUUACUACUGUUGAUCCUGAGUUUUAUAAUGAACCAAAAACCAAACUUUAUCUUAAGCUGAGUCGGAAGGAAAGUUCUGCAAUUUAUGGUAAAAAUGAUCUUUGGGUGGUUUCAAAAACCCUAGAUUUUGAACUGGAUACUUUCAUUGCAUGCAGUGCUUUCUUUGGACCAUCCUCUCUCAAUGAGGUGGAGCUACUGCCUUUGAAAGGCUAUUUCCCUUCUAACUGGCCCAUUAACAUAGUGGUCCAUGCAUUGUUGGUCUGUAAUGCUAGCACAGAGCUGACUACUUUGAAAAACAUUCAGGACUACUUUAAUCCUGCUACUCUACCUCUAGCACAGUACCUGUUAACAAUGUCUUCGCCAAGUGCAUUUAGCAACAAAAGAGUCAGUCAGAGAAAAUUUAUCCCGCCAGCCUUCACAAAUAUCAACACAAAAUUUGAACUGCUCAGCCUGGGGCCAACGUUGCAGUUAGCUAGUGAGUUCAUUCAGGAGCAUAAGUUAAACGAGGAUCAGGCUGCGGCUCUAGUGCAGAUAGCUCAAAUGAUGGCAUCCCGGGAAGGUGCCGAGGAAGGGAAGGGGCUGCAGAUCCACACCCUCCCCAUCACGAUCAUACACGGUGUUUUUGGAGCAGGCAAGAGUUAUCUGCUGGCAGUGGUGAUUUUGUUCUUUGUACAGCUGUUUGAAAAGAGUGCGGCUCCCACAGUUGGAAACACAAGGCCAUGGAAACUUCUGAUUUCUUCUUCCACUAAUGUAGCUGUGGACAGAGUACUUCUUGGGCUUCUCAGUCUAGGAUUUGAAAAGUUUGUCCGAGUUGGGAGUAUUAGGAAGAUUGCCAAGCCAAUUUUACCUUACAGCUUACAUGCUGGCUCAGAAAAUGAAAGUGAACAACUGAGAGAACUGCAUGCGCUCAUGAGAGAAGACCUGACUCCUGUGGAAAGAGUCUAUGUGAGAAAAAGCAUCGAGCAGCAUAAACUGGGAACCAACAGAACCCUGCUGAAGCAGGUUCGAGUAGUUGGCAUUACCUGUGCAGCCUGCCCAUUCCCGUGCAUGAAUGAUCUCAAAUUUCCUGUAGUUGUGUUGGAUGAAUGUAGUCAAAUAACCGAACCGGCCUCUCUCCUUCCCAUUGCAAGGUUUGAGUGUGAAAAGCUGAUCCUUGUUGGGGAUCCCAAACAGCUGCCUCCCACCAUUCAGGGCUCGGAUGCAGCUCAUGGAAACGGAUUGGAGCAAACUCUCUUUGAUCGACUUUGCUUAAUGGGACACAAGCCAAUUCUCUUGCGAACUCAGUACCGUUGUCACCCUGUCAUCAGUGCUGUCGCUAAUGAUCUGUUUUAUGACGGAAGCCUCAGGAAUGGCGUUUCAGAAACAGAGAGGAGCCCUUUGUUGGAGUGGCUGCCAACGCUGUGCUUUUAUAAUGUCAGAGGACUGGAGCAGAUUGAAAGAGAUAACAGCUUUCAUAAUAUGGCAGAAGCUGCGUUUACACUCAAGCUGAUUCAAUCACUGAUUGCAAGUGGAAUAGCAGGCUCCAUGAUUGGGGUGAUAACAUUAUACAAAUCCCAGAUGUAUAAGCUGUGUCAUCUACUCAGCGCCGUGGAUUCUGAGCAUCCUCACGUGAGGACUGUGCAGGUGUCCACGGUCGAUGCUUUUCAGGGAGCUGAAAAGGAGAUCAUCAUUCUGUCCUGCGUAAGGACAAGACACGUAGGAUUCAUCGAUUCAGAAAAAAGAAUGAACGUCGCAUUGACCAGAGGAAGGAGGCAUUUGUUGAUUGUGGGAAAUUUAGCCUGUUUGAGGAAAAACCGACUGUGGGGGCGUGUGAUCCAACACUGUGAAGGAAGGGAAGACGGAUUGCAACAUGCAAGCCACUGUGAACCACAGCUGGACCAUCUCCUUAAAGAUUAUUUUGAAAAACAAGCAGAAGAAAAACAGAAGAAAAAGAAUGAAAAAGAGAAAAUCUAAAGAUAAAUCGCAUUUACAAAAAGACAUGGUAUAGACAUUUUUAAUUUAAGUAAAUUCAGAUUCAUUUUAUACUACAUAUUAAUUUUUUAUGUUUUUAUUACUCAAACCCUUUUUAUAAAAAUACUUUAUCUCUGAUAUUUAAAUAACAUAGUAAAUACAUCUAAAAAUUUGUUCUUCAAAAAUAUAUAUUAUUUAUAUUAAGAUAGGCAGAUGUUGAAGGUAAAAUAAAAUCCUAUUAAAAAUAACUAGUUUCUAAAAAGUAUAUUUUCUGUUUGCUAAAGAAAUGAAUUUCCCAAGGUGCAGGGGAAGGGAAAUACCAAUGUACUUCAAUGAUAAGUGAAUAUCUCAGAAGCUCAUCUAUGAGACACAUCUACACAGUCAGAAUGCCAGCACUCCUUUCUGAGCACUGUCUACCAGAAUCUUUUAAAAAUAAAUAAAAUGCUUCACUAUUUUAUAAAUGAAAAGAUUCAAAACAAAGCUUUUGAGAAGUACAAAAGAGAAGAAAGAAAAAAACACUCAAAGUUCACAACUGGAGACAGCAGUGCUCAACGCCUUGCCCUGGGCAAUGCCUGGCACCAUGUCUGGUAUAGAAGGUGCUUAAUAAAUAUCCACUGGAGGAAUGGACAGAUGAAUGAAAGACUACCUUUGGUUCAUUUCCUUCUAGCCUUUUUCCUGUGCGUUUAUUUGCACAGUAGUUAUUGAUAUGUAUAAUAUAUAUGGAUUAAAACUUUUUCCUUUUAACAUAAUAUAUUCU